AUGGGUAUACCAACCGUCGAUAUGAAUAAUAGACUUUACUGUAAGUUAUUAAGAAUACGCAUUAGAUGUAAAGUUAGCCUGUGGAGUUAGUAGAUGAAUAUAAUCUGAAUAUAAAAUUUAAAUUUUAGUUGAAAUGCACAAUCUGACACAACGACCGUUCAACGCUUCAAUUGGACUGUACUUCAACAAGCACAACUAUACCUGGUUGGAUUAUAUGUCGCCAGUUAACUACAUGAAUCUGCAGGAUUACAAUACGCCAAACAGUCAAGAGUUUGGCUAUGUUACUAUGUUCAACUACAACGACUCGAUCAAUAGGAAGUGGGUGAGAGUGAAGACUACUGACAUUGUUGAAUAUACAUUAUGUGUCGGAUUUACUGAUGACUAAACUUGUGCAAUAAACUUGGCUUUUUGGCUUGGAUACUUUUGUUCUAUAACAAUGCGCUCUAGUAUAAUAUUAUAUAUAGGAUUUGUAAUGCUAUAUCUUAAUUUGAUACAAAUUUAAAUUUUACAUUAAAAACAAAACUGAGUAUAAAACUAAACUAUCUAAUUUACCAAACCGAAUGUGUUGCAAUUAAUCACUAUAUACACCAUGAUAUACGUGUAGUUAUUAGUUUAAACGUCGUUAAGUUAUUAAAAUCAUAAUUGAAAUUUUAUUUGAAUAAGUUAAUAGCAGUUGAUAUUUCAAUAUUGCGCUUUAUUGUGGUUAGCAUAAAGGUAGUUGUAUUGUUGCUGUUUGUAGUAUAUUGUAAAUCGCUUCGACCUCUUAAUUUGAGUCUAAAAAACUAUAAUUUUUAUGUAAGUUUGAUACAUAAUAUCCAUGAAGAAGUCAGUGUACUAUUGGUCAGAUAUUUUACCAAAAAUGAAGACCAAGUGACAAAAAUUUAAAGUAAUUAGUUAUACGACAGAAGUUCUUUAAGUUUUAUGUUAUAGCUGAAAGCAAACUACAACAUGCCAAUUAAAGACCACCAAGAUUUUUGUGAGAAACAUGGAUAUCAACCAGCUUCUAUACCUUCAGCAAAAGCGCAAGAUCACCUAUACAGUAAGAUGUGUAUAAAAUGAGCUCUUUAAUUAGCUUAUGUAACCACAACUGUAAAAAUAUUAUAUACGUUUGACAAUUUAUUACAAAUUUAAAAAAAAAUCAUAUUACUAUUACAACCUUACAGUAUGACACUUUAGAACACGUGCUAGAAAAAGUAACGUCCAAAGACUACAAUGUUGCCAUUGGUUUUUACUUCAACCAGAACUACACUUGGCUAGACAGUAUUACCCCAGUAAGCUACCAUAGCAUGUACGACUUUACUAAAGACCCACCCAAUGACUCUUACUUUGUUCUGGUUGUCAGUUCUAACAAAAGUGAAAAUGGAAAUUGGUUACCUGUUCCCGGAGAUACUGUAGUGCAAGGUGCUCUUUGUGCAAAGAUUAUUUUCUAG